AUGCGGUUGUUACAAGUCUCCAUUGCUAUCGCGGCCAUUUCGGCAGCGGUAGCGCAGCUCUCACCUCCAUCCUUAGAGGUCGCUGCACACCAAUUGACACGAAAUGGCAAGCGCGACAUCUCCAAGAACGAACUCUGGAAGCGCAAGGGAGGCGGUGGCGGUGGUGGUCGCGGAGGAGGCGGUGGAGGUGGUGGACGUGGCAGCAGCUCUUCCAGCAGCAGCUCCUCAGGUGGGCGCACGUCCUCCUCAUCCAAUGUCGGCGGCCAAACGAAGAGUGGCAGUGGACCGCGCCCGGUGUACGGCAGCGCUCCAUACGGCGGUGGAGCCUACUAUGGCGGCGGCGGCGCGAUUCCGUACAAGUCGGGUGAGAAGUCCAAACACGCGGGUCUUGUGCCCAUCUUCCUAGGCGCUUCUGUGCUCGCCUUCUGGCCUGGAGUCUGGCUCUAUGGCGCUUACCUGUAUCCACAUCCCGAGCCUUGGGUCUUCUUCAACGAGACAAGCAACCAGGAAGAGUCAAGGCCCGUCAUCUGCGCUUGCGAACCCUAUCUAGUCUGCGGCUGCGACUGGGAUGAUAGCGACCAGUUCAAGCAAUAUAUGACUCUCUUAAUCGGCAACGGCGACUAUGAUUCGCUUAACCACACCCUCGUUACGAUUGCUGAGGUCAACGGCACGGUCACCAUCUUGAUUAAUGGCACGCUUCCCAAUGGUACGACAGCCUCAGGUGGUGAGGAAGAUGCCGGUGUUGGAACCCAGACUUUGUUGAUUCAUGCAGGCUGGUGGCCAGUUCUUGCAGCUGUUUGCGCCAUGGUUUUUUCGGUCUGA